GAUGGCAGGCGGCACGGCAGCGCCUUCUCUUCUCUCCCAGCCAAUUGCAUCUUCCGUCCCUAUCGGAGGAUCGCGGGCAGCGAGGCGCGGGAGAGCCUGGGGGCCGGUGGGGAGAGCCCCGCGGAGGUGCUGAGAACAGCCUCACAGCCGCGGCAGGAGAGAGAGAAAGAAGAGGGAGUAGUGCGGGAGAGCCUGGGGCUAGCGGCCUCGGGGUCAGGCCGCACGGGCCGGCCCAGCCGCUUAAAUGCGACCCCUGCGGCAUCGGAUUCCGUCUGAUGAGUCCGCUCCAGGGCUGCCGAGGACGGGGUGUUGUCGUGGGGACCGUCACCCUCUGCCUGGCCGCCGGGUGGGCUCUGCAGACUCCCGGAGGAGUAUCAUUAGUUGUCCCACAACACAACAUCAAUGCAACAGUGGCACAAAACAUCCUCCUCUCCGUGGAGUAUUCAUGCAGAGGUGUUGCCACCAUUGAAUGGAAGCAUGUGUCGAGCUGGGGCACCAGCAAGAUUGUGGAGUGGAGAAGUGGGAAUUACGUCAACAUAUCUACAGCCUACAAAGACAGAGUGACUACCUUUGAAAAUGGCUCUAUACAGCUUCUGAAUGUAGGCAUGAGAGAUGCUGGCUACUACUUUAUCACUGUAACAGAGGAGCACGGCACCAGCACCUAUGGCACCAUCAUAGUCAACAUUUAUGAGAUUAUCUAUGAAGAUUUGCACUUUGUAGCAGUUCUCUUUGCUUUUCUCGCUGCAGUGUCUGCCAUUUUGAUCUGCUGCAUGUGGCUAUGUAAUAAAUCUCUGCAUCUAUUUCAGAGGACAACAACACACAAACUAACAGCAAGUACAACUGAAGAGAUUGAAUUGGAAACCACUGAGUGUUAGCCAAGGACUGUCACAUAACAAAAAUAACAAUUCUACCUCAGGAGACAGAAAGCAAGAAGCAGCCUAAAAAGGUAAAAUGUUUUUUGAGUACUGUAGAAACCUCCUGACUUGCAAACUAAUUGAACGUUAAAUCAUCAGUAUCCGAUGGAGCUAUUUUGACCUGGUUUUGGCUCUGCUAGCCAAGGCCAAAGUGAAAAUAAGUGUGCUUCCAUGCUCAGCAUGAACGCAUUUUGGUGGCUAAUUAGUAAAAUCUACAGCCUCUACCACUCUUGAAAACAACCAAUUGAGCUGUAAGCCUGUAAGAUCAACUUGUAAAGGAAAUGAUCAUGGUCUUGAAGGAGACACCUGCGCUUUGGUUACAGUGAGUUUGCUAUCACAGA